GAAAAAUAUAUUAUUAUUGAAUUAGAAUGCAACGAUUAUAAGAAAUUAUGAAGAGGAGAAAAAUAGAGACAGAAGGAGAGAAUAAGGAAACUAAACGAAAUUUUUAAUUUUGUGAAUACAAUAUUAAUUAUACGGAACCCGCCUUAUUCUUUCGUCUAACGAGUAACAUUAAAAAUUUCGUUUAAAUCUGACGGAAGAUGCUUGGUAGAACACCAAUCAAGACUAGAAGCAAGGCCGCUCUCUGCGAAAGCCGUCGUCAUGGUAACGAAGGCGAUGAAAGUAAUGUUCGUCACUGCAAAGCUUGUAUGGAUGAGGACGAUACUGAUAUGGUCCAGUGUGAUGAUUGUGAUGACUGGUACCACUUCAAGUGCGUAGGAGUCAACCAAGAGAUCGCACACCAUGAUUGGUGCUGCAGCCACUGUCAAACAAAUAAGGAAGCAAAGAACAAUACCUCCACGAAUGUUUCUGCUCCACAUUUGGCAACUGAACCGCUACCCGUAUUAAAUUCGAACAUGCCGUUAGAGCUGUCAAAGCACCAUUACCGAAACGACAAGAAGCAAGGUUUCAGGGAAAACGCAUGCCAGCACUCGGAAACAUCGAAGAAUUCAACGAGGCGAAAACAGUUGCAGUUGGAACUACAAAUGCUUGAUGAAGAGAGGAAGUUACAAGAAAGUGAAGAAGCGAAAAAGCGGGAAUAUCUUCAUAAACGGUACGAAUUGCUGAAGGAGAUUGCCAGUGAGACGUCGUCAGUGAUAGAAUCUGAGGAAGAAGAGAUGGGUGAAAAAGUUAGUAGGUGGUUAGAAGAUGAAAUUGAUAUCAAUCGUGUUCCUGUUCAUCAAGUAACGCAACCUCGCCAACCGAAGGUAGAAUCAAUCUUUCCGCCGCCUAUCAUGCAACAAGGACAAGGUCAACCGAAGUUCAUUCUGCGGAACCCACGCAACGUGCAACCGAAUUCUCAACAAAACCAACAAGAAUCGUGCCUACAACGAAUCACAACGCCCGCAUUUCGACAACAAGGUCUAUUCACUCAGCAAAUCGAACCAAAAUUUGUUCCGGAAAUAAGACGAAUGAAAAUACAAGAUGAUGAAUCAUUUAUUGAUAAUCAACAGUUAGCAGAGUACAAUUUUCCGCACUAA